AAUGCAGGAUCAGACCAAAGCAGCCGCUCGCCGAGGCUCGUUGCCAAUGACAGCCGCUUGCUAGCUAAAGUCAUGGCGCUGCUCAAACAAAGUUGCUGCGUAGCUGGUCGUUUCUCCACAAACCAUCUUUGGCUGAGUCCCAGAUGUGUCCCACAUGUUUACACCAGCAGCCUGACAACUGCAGCCAAAUCCUCCCCAGACAGAAAAGACAGAAAGAAGGAGCUGCUGAGCGAUGACGGACCUGAUCUGCAGGACUUUAUUUCAGGGGAACUGUCAGAGAAAAGCAAGUGGGCAGAGUACAGAGGCACCCUGAAGAGACAGAAGGGAGAGAGGCUGCGUCUUCCUCCAUGGCUGAAGACGGAGAUCCCCAUCGGAAAGAACUUCAACAGGCUGAAGAACACGCUGAGAGACCUCAACCUGCACACAGUGUGUGAGGAGGCCAGGUGUCCAAACAUCGGUGAAUGUUGGGGAGGAGGAGAGUAUGCCACAGCAACAGCCACCAUCAUGCUGAUGGGAGACACAUGUACCCGUGGGUGCAGGUUCUGCUCAGUAAAGACAUCCCGUAAGCCCCCACCUCUGGACCCAGACGAGCCGUACAACACAGCCAAGGCCAUCGCUGCCUGGGGGCUGGACUAUGUGGUCCUCACCUCAGUCGACAGAGAUGAUAUUGCUGAUGGAGGAGCAGAGCACUUUGCAAAGACCGUCUCCAACCUGAAGGAAAGAAACCCUCAGAUCCUGGUUGAAUGUCUGACCCCAGAUUUCCGCGGUGACCUGGCAGCGGUAGAGAAGAUCGCCCUGUCAGGGUUAGAUGUUUACGCCCACAAUGUGGAGACAGUACGUGAGCUGCAACGGUUUGUACGUGACCCCAGAGCAAACAUCGAUCAGUCUCUGAGUGUACUGAAGCACGCUAAGAAGGUCAACCCCUCUGUGCUCACCAAGACCUCCAUCAUGCUGGGACUGGGGGAGUCUGAUCAGCAGAUAAUGAACACUCUGACCGAGCUGCGAGAGGCCGGAGUGGACUGUCUAACAUUGGGGCAGUACAUGCAACCCACUAAACGCCACCUGAAGGUGGAGGAGUACGUCACUCCAGAGAAGUUCGCUCACUGGGAGAAAGUCGGGAAUGAAAUGGGUUUCGUCUACACAGCCAGUGGGCCGCUGGUGCGAUCCUCCUACAAAGCAGGCGAGUUCUUCCUAAAGAAUCUACUGGAGAAGAGAAAAGCAGAAGUCCCUAUAGCAGAAUGAGGAGCUUAUGAAAGCUGUUUUUCACCUCGUCUCCACCUGAAACCAACACAGUAACUGUGAUGAAAUACACCUCAGUACCAUGAUACUCUCUGUAAAGCUUAAGGAGAUUCAUUUAACAUAAGUAUAGGAAGUUGUGCAAUUUCAAAAAGGAAAGUGGGUAGUGUUAAAUAAGUGACAUUAACAUGACUCAUGUGGGGACCAUUGUGUCACUUCUGUUUCUGUGACAACCCAGAGUUUUGUAUUUUCAGAUCAAAGAGAACAAACAGCAGUAAGACGCCCACAGAUAUGAGGCAUUCAGAAAAUACAACCUGCUGAGAGCACAGGCUGUAAUUUGACUUCUCUGCUCUUCAGGGGGCCCUAAAUCACAUCCACCACCGUCAGCUUCCCCGCCCCCGAUCGUACUUCAGGUGGAAAGCUGCUGACCUUUAGCAGCGAGCGUUCCGAGCGCUUUGAUGUCCGAUGAUUUAAUGAAGCAGGACUUGUUUUUGAUCCAGCAACCAAUGGGGGUGAAAUUAUUUGAUACAAAACCAAGAAUACACUUCUGAACCGUCCCUUUAAAACACUUUGUUUUAUGUUAGAAAAGGUACAGGUCAAGCCCAGAGUGGCCUUUAUCAGUCACACAGUUAUUAAAAGAGGCAUUUUACUUCUAAUUAGAUAUUUGUAAACUGUACUUUUUCUAGUAUAAUAAAAGUUGACAUUUUACACCUGGACAUAAUAUUUUUCUGUUUUACACACUGGUUAGUCAACAAAUCUGAAAAAUGCACAUUUGUAUUAAAAGUCUUCAGUGCACACUUGAA